CCCACCGGACUGGAGCCAUCUUGUCAUACCGAGCUGUGCGUCAAACGUCACACAUCUACAUUGUAUUUAUUUUAAUGCUGUAACGCUGGAAAUGUGACGGAGAUGUAAAUGAAGCGGAUAGAGCGAAAAGUGGGCGUUUUUCCAGACCUGCACUGAAACAUGGAUUAUGACAGACGGUGUGGCCGUGGUGACCGCUUGGGUCGCUAUGGAAAAGAGACUGAUGAUCAUGACUACAGGGACAUGGACUACCGCGGUUACGGACAGGAAAAUGGUUUGGGACAGAAUAGCAGCUUAACAAACGCCAGAUCGCAUGGGCGUGAGGAAAACAUCCGUGAUUUUUCCUCAAGUCAUUUCUCGAGUGACCAACUAGGUGGUUCGCAAAGCAAGGACAUCAACUCAAGAUUCCAGCAAGAUGAUGAAAACUGCGAGUACGAAACGGAUGAUGCGCACCGGAGGGAGACGCAGUCGUUUAGGUCCGGGCAGAAGAUGUAUCUCGAUCAGACUCCAGAUGGAGAUGACGGGCUAGAGGACAACACCUGGAGCAGACUCGGGGGGCGGUACAACUCUCAGGAGGAAUAUGGAUCAGAAUGGAGAGCUGAUGAAGACCAAUAUACCAGACACAUCAGUCACAGACAAGGCUUCCCUGACCAGGUCCAGGUAGGAAAGGAUAAACUAAGGGAUGGAAGCAUCCACCAUGCUCCGGAGAUGACCCAGGAUGAGUCCGAACCACAUGACCAAGACUACAGGUCUGAUAAUGAACAGACACAGAAACCCAGCAACAUCAUCAUGCUGAGGAUGCUCCCACCCAACGCCACCGUCAACGAGAUUCGUGGUCGGCUCCAAGAGCAGGGGAUCCAGCCCAGGGAGGUUCGCCUCAUGAGGAACAAGUCUUCAGGUCAGAGCAGAGGAUUCGCCUUCGUCGAGUUUAAUCACUUGCAGGAGGCCAGCCGCUGGAUGGAGACCAACCAGAGAGUGCUCACUAUAUUGGGACAGCGAGUAUCUAUGCACUACAGUGACCCAAAGCCUCGCGCUAAUGAGGACUGGCUUUGCAACAAGUGUGGAGUGCAGAAUUUCAAACGAAGAGAAAAGUGUUUCAAAUGUGCAGUUCCAAAGUCAGAGGCUGAGCUCAAAUUACCCCUAGUACCAAAGAGUUUACCCUUGGGCCAGUUAAAGGACUCAUCUCAGGGUUUACUUCCCCUCCCUGCCAUAUAUCAGACUGCCGCUCCAAUUCUCAACAUGGCUUCCUUGUCCCAGGCUGCUGAGGCAGCCAAUGACACUCUGAUAUUGAGAAACCUGGGACCUCACACCACAUUAGAUGCUAUUCUGUCCGCUCUGGUCCCAUUCGCUACCCUGUCGCCCUCAAACGUGCGGCUCAUCAAAGAUAAACAGACACAGCUCAACCGAGGAUUUGCCUUCCUCCAGCUCACUACGAUUGUGGAAGCUUCACAGCUGCUCCAGAUCCUUCAAUCCCUGCAUCCUCCUCUCUCCAUCGACGGAAAGCUCAUCUCAGUGGAGUUUGCCAAGGGAUCCAAACGUGAUGGUUUACCGACAGACGGGAAUCGAGCGAGUGUGGCGACUGUAGCAAGCACAGCUAUAGCUGCAGCUCAAUGGGCCGUCACUCAGACAGCUCAGCUCUCAGGUUCAGCUCAAAGCGGUGAUUUCAGCGUGCACCAGCAGGGGGCAGCAGUGUCUGUGUUUGGGCAAGGGGCUUCCCAGGGCAUCAGUGGAGAGGCACAACCCUUUAAAGGGCCAGCGGCGUCAGCAGUGACCAAUCACACAUCAUUACUGACUCCUCACAGAGGAAGUGCCUCUACAGUUCUGCCGAUCUCCACGGAAACUGAAUUUGCAGGUGCUGCCUCAAUACUGUCUCUCCCAGCAUCUCAGUCGCAGAUCGUCACCACGGCAACCGCCUCACAGGACAAUCGGAUGCCAGUGGAGAUCAUUGGAAAACCCCAACCUGCUACUCCCAGCCAACCAGCCACACCUGGAACUGCUUUGGAGUGUCAGCAGUACCCGGAUCCUGACGUGUCCACGUAUCAAUAUGAUGAGAGCUCUGGUUAUUAUUAUGACUCUUUUACGGGUCUCUACUACGACCCAAACUCACAGUACUACUACAAUCCUCACACACAGCAGUACAUGUACUGGGAUGGAGAAAAACGCACAUAUGUUCCCGCACCAUCACAGACAUCUGAAGACGGGGCCGUGACCUCUGACCCUUCAGCUACACCUAACAAUGGCAAAGACAGGAAGGACAAGCCCAAGAAUAAAACAGCACAGCAGAUAGCUAAAGACAUGGAGCGAUGGGCCAAAAGCCUGAACAGGCAGAAGGAGAACGUACGGUCGUCUUCACUGAGCUCAAACCCUCGGCUGCAGGGCAGAUCCGACGACCGCCGUGAGUCUGCCAGCGCUGACGCGGGUUACGCCGUCCUGGAGAUGAAGGGUGCCUUACUGGAAAGACCUCCGCUUCUGAUGGAACACAUGAGACAUCCAGACGAAAGAGAAUGGAGUCCUUCUCAGGGUCUUGUGGCGGGCUACAGUGGAGAAACGGACAGCGAGGAGGAGGGAGGCGAGAGAGAGGAGAGGCUCACAGACUGGUCCAAACUGGCGUGUCUGCUUUGCAUGAGACAAUUCCCCAGUAAAGAAGCUCUGAUCAGACACCAGCAGCUCUCUGAACUACACAGACAAAACCUAGAGCAGAGGAGGGCCAGACCAUCCCAGCCAGAGCGGCUAGAUCAAUCGGAAAUGGAGCUGACGUACAGAGAUCGGGCAGCUGAAAGGAGAGAGAAAGGGGCCUUUCCACAACAACUAGAUGCCAAGAAGAGAAAAUUCAACCCUGUGUAAGAGGAUGUGGCAUUCCUCUUUUAGUAGCGUGGGAUCUCAGACGUUUCCAAAAGGGAGAACAUCUCGGGUCAUUGAUCUUUGGACUCGCGCGACGUCUGCAGCCAUUCCAGACAAAAAUGUGUUUAUGAAUCAUAUUUUGUACCCAUAUGUGACAUAUAGGCGGCAUGAAUUUAUGCAAAAACUGUUGGAAUUCUAGAAAGCAUGUAGAUUGAUGGUGGGUAAAAAAUGCUUUUUGUCAUUGGCCUCAUGAAAGAGCUUCAGUCUGAUGUGUUAUGCAGUUUGCAUGUGUUAUUUGACAUGGCAAUCUAUGCAGAUCAUCACAGACAGCAUCUGCCUGUGAUGACUUGGAAACGCACAGUAGGUUAGGGAUUAUAUAUACAGAUGUUAUCAGUUUACAUACGUAUAUGACUUUAUAUAAAAACUCACAGUUUAAAUUUAACAUUGUAUUUCGCAUUAUAAGCUGUACAAGACAAUGCAAGCUUUCAAACGAUUUUUAAAUGUGAAUUUCAGAUGGACAACGCGAGUUUAAAAGUGCAUGUUUGUAUGGGCACUAAGUGCCAACAUGUUUUUUAUUUGUUAAACAAGAUUUCUUUGUGUAAAUAUAUAUGAUUCUCACAUUUAAGUUUACUCGCUUUAAACACAAAUGAAUGAAAGUCGUUUGAGAAAUUUGAUUCCUAAUGAGAAAUGUUUAGCAGUGUGGGUUUUCCUUCAUUUUUUUAUGUGAAUAUAGAGCAUAUGGUAUGAACGGCUCUAAUGUGACCCUUGUUUUGAAAGCACAGAUUUUUUAUAUAUUGAUGCAGAGUCUAUGAGUUACGUUCAGAGUAAACGGGUGAAUCUCACAAACUUAAAAGGUCAUAUUUAACUCACAAAAUCGAAAUAAAGAAAGAUAAAAAAUAUUCAUAAAAUGUUGUUUAUAUGUUAUUAUAUUAUAAUAAUAUUAAUAUAUUAUUUAAAUAUAUUGCCUAAAGAAAAUAUCUUUACGGCCAUUCCGUUUUUUCGGAUUGUGACAUUUUUCAAUGUACGUUAUAGACAUUUUAAAAUUCUUUGUGAAAAUAACCAUACUUCACUUUAUGCAAAAUAAAAUCUCUUUGAAGUGAUCCUGCUGUAAAAUAUGACUUAUCCAUAGAGAUCAUUACUGCAAUCCCUUCUUCAGUGAGUGAAAUUGUCCUGCAUGCCGUUAUUAUUGCAACUUAUUGCACGGCUCGUUGGAAUGCUUGAUUCUGAUUGGCAGUCGCGACCAGUGUUGGGUGUAACUAGUUACUAAUGAGUUACUGUAAUUUAAUUACUUUUCCAUUGGAAAAAGUAAAGUAAGGGAUUACUCUUGUUUUUUCUGUAAUUGAAUUACAGUUACUUCUGAUGUAAUUGAACUAAAUACUGUGUAAUACAGUAUAUUCAAUAGUGGAAAUGACAUCAAAAUUAUAAGUCUAACUUUAAAAUGUAUGCUCUAAUGUAUCCUCACAUUUGUAUACUUUAGUCAGUUAAUAAGAAUAAUUGAUGUAGUUAUUUAUUAUUUAUUUGAAUGAAUUAAAUAAGCCGUUUCAUGUCUAUCCUUGAAUCAAUUCUAAUCAAGGUUGAUGUAGGAUAAAGAAAGUAAUUAGUAAUAAGUAAUUAAAUACUUUUUGGAGAGAGUAAUUUGUACAGUAAUCUAAUUACACUAUUGCAUAUGUAAUUAGUAACUAGUAAUUAAUUACUUUUUCAGAGUUACUUACCCAACACUGGUUGCGACAUUUGCAGGUUCGUUAUUCCCAGAUAACAACCUCUCAAAACUAAUAACACACGGUAGCCCGGAUGCAGUAAACCAUUUUGACAGGUUUUUUUUGACAAAUUAAAUCUUAAUAACAUAUAUGACAUUAUAUUUGCAAAUGAUUAAACCAAAUUGCCUGUUUGUGACAUUUGAACGUCGUUUCUUACCUUAAAACCAAAAGAAAACUGCUUUUCCUUGCGGAAGGUCUCGAUUCGGUAAAAAUGAGCUAAUAAAAUAUUUCAAA